UGGAUACUAUGCACAAACUGAAGAUUUUGGUGAUGUUUCUGUCUCUGGCUACUUUCACAGUCAUGGUGAUACUGAAUGCUGGAAAUGCCACUGGGAUAUUCAAAGGUCUAUUUAGGACAACCCCUGGAAACAUCUCAGCGAAGUACAACACAGACUUCACACCAGCUGGCUGGACUUUCCUCAUCUGGAACGUCAUCUAUGUCUGGCAGCUUGCCUUGCUUCUCUAUGCGUUGUCAGGGAUCUGUCGAAGGAAUGAACUUGGAUGUGUGUACAUAAAGCCAGACUUGCUGCCAAUAUCUUUUUAUGUGGCGUGGAUUCUGAAUAAUGGCCUCAAUGUUGGAUGGCUGUUUCUGUGGGACCGAGAAUACCUCCUCCCAGCCCUGGUGUUCCUGGCAGCCCUCACUUUUACCACCUAUGCCUCCCUCUUCAUUUCACACCAAGCCUUGAGCAUCCAUUCCUCGUGGUUUGUGAAGGGUCACAAAGCUGAGCUCUGGCUCAUCCGCAUCCUGGUCCAGAACGGGCUGGUGUUGUAUGCAACGUGGACCACCAUCGCCACCCUGCUGAAAGUUGUGUUGAUCUACAAGUGGAACGUGUCCAAUGAGACAGCCACCACUGCUUCCCUAAGCAUCCUUGCUCUUGACCUAGUAAUAUGGUUUUAUUUAGAAAACUUCUUUAUUGACAAAUAUGUCCGCUACAACCUUACUGUCUACCUAGUGGUCAUAAUAGCUCUGACUGGCAGCAUGUACAAGAACUUCUCGUUUUCAUCCCCAAGGACAAAUGGCAUUUUUAUAG